AUGUGUAAAACAGUUUACGUUAUCGAUGUCGAAAGUGGUAAUUUGCAAUCCUUGUCAAAUGCAUUAAAGUACAUUGGAGAAUAUCAGAUCCAAUUCAUUCACAAUGCUUCUGAAUUUGCCCAAUAUGAACAACAAAUCGAAAAAUUGUUAUUUCCCGGAGUGGGAAAUUAUGGACAUUUUGUUAAGGAGUUGAAUAAAAGGGGAUUAGUGGAGCCUAUAAAGAGAUACCUUGAAAAUGGAAGAUCGUUAAUGGGAAUUUGUGUUGGUUUACAAGCUAUUUUUGCUCGAAGUGAAGAGAGUUUAGAACCCGAAUAUGAAGGUUUAGGUCUCUUGGACAUAGAUCUAACUAAAUUCAAUAAUAAGGAUCCUGUUUUUGAAGAGCUAGAACAAACUAAGUCCGUUCCUCAAAUAGGAUGGAAUAGCGUGGAUCGCAUUGUUGUCGAUGGAAGGUCACUCACCGACAAUGAGUCAUAUUAUGGGAUUACGCUCCACAAUAAAUACUAUUUUGUCCACUCAUAUGCUGCAGUCGUAGAUACUGAGGCAAAAAAGGAAGUUAUACAACGGGCCAUCAAACAAGGUUGGAACUUUGCCUUUAGCAAGUAUGGAUCGGAAACCUUUUUGGCUGCAAUCUCAUUUAAAAACUUUUUUGCUACCCAAUUUCAUCCUGAAAAAUCAGGAGUUGCUGGUCUUAAAGUAUUGAAAAGUUUUCUCCAAGAUGACAGAUUGGACUCUGUUACGUCUUCGGAUAUUCAAAUAACGAAGGGUACAGAGUCUACUGUUGGAGGAUUGACAAGGAGGAUUAUUGCUUGUCUUGAUGUCAGAUCAAAUGACCAUGGUGAUUUGGUGGUCACAAAGGGCGACCAAUAUAAUGUAAGAGAGUCUCUAGAUUCAGGUUCUGAAGCGAAAGUCAGAAAUUUGGGAAAGCCCGUCGAGCUAGCUACCAAAUAUUAUAAACAAGGAGCUGACGAGGUUACAUUUUUAAACAUAACAUCUUUUCGUAAUUCUCCAAUUAAAGAUCUACCUAUGUUGGAAGUCUUAAGGAGAGCAGCAGAGACAAUUUUUGUUCCUUUGACCGUAGGAGGAGGUAUUAGAGAUAUGAAAGACCCAGCGACUGGUGAGAUAGUUCCCGCUGUUAAAGUGGCAGAUUUAUAUUUUAGAUCUGGAGCUGACAAGGUCAGCAUUGGUUCUGAUGCGGUUUGCAUAGCAGAAAACUACUAUGCUAAUGACAAAGUCAAGACGGGGAAAACAUCAAUUGAGACUAUCUCAAAAACAUUUGGAGUUCAAGCUGUUGUUAUUUCCGUAGACCCCAAAAGGGUCUAUAUUUCGUCGCCUUCGGACACGAAAAUGGAAACUAUUCAAAUUACAAAUCCAAGUAAUUAUGGCCCUAAUGGCGAGAAAUACUGCUACUAUCAAGUGACGUCUCAGGGAGGGCGGAAGGUGCAUGAAUUAGGAGCUGCUGAAUUAUGUGUUGCUUGUGAAGAUUUAGGGGCAGGGGAAAUUUUGUUGAACUCUAUAGAUCAUGACGGUUCCAACAAGGGUUUUAACUUGGAGUUGUUGAGACAAAUUAAGAAAAAGGUGUCUAUUCCUGUGAUUGCCAGUUCUGGUGCUGGUAAGCCUGACCACUUCAAAGAAGUCUUUGAAUUAGAAUGUGGUAUAGAUGCAGCCCUUGGUGCUGGUCUCUUCCAUAGAGGAGAAUAUUCUGUGAAUGACGUCAAGAGGUAUUUACAAUCAAAAGCCAAUAUGGACGUAAGACUAGAUGACAAUAUCGAACUUUAA